UAUGCAGCUAUUACAGCACAUGAAAGCACAGGGAUUCAAUUAUGAGCUCACCCAAGAAAAUGAUUUUUUACUUCUUUGGUCAGUAUUAGUCUGUCUUGCAACAAGAUACAAAAUUAUUCUUGUGUUCUCAGGCUUGUGACAUCAACUAAAGUAUGUGUACAUCUGUACGUCUCUUACAAAAUCUAUCUGAAUGGCUUCAUGGAUGAAGCCGACAAACAUAAAUAAUGCCAAUUUUAACUAAUCACUACAUUAGUAUUUAUCAAAGCUAUAGAUUUUUAAGUAUCAUGGUUGACUACUGACUAUUAACCACAUUUAAUCAGAUAAAACGGCACUUCCUUAAUGCAGCAAACUUUAUGUGUCAGUUAUAAGUUCCUGCAAUACGACACAAAAUUUGCAUCCUGAAUAUAUCAUUUUUUUUUAUACAAGAACAGGUUCUGGUUUAGAGAACCAAAUUCCUGAAGCAUGGUUGUUUCAUAUGCAUCCCCACCUGCAAAAGCUGCUAAAGGAAUUGCUGGGCUACAACUGCAAAUUGGCAGAAUUAUAUCUGCCGGGACUAGGUGGGGAAACUACAGGUCCCGUUCAUAAAAUUAAUGCCCGAAGAAAAGUAUCAGUUAGAUAUGUGUGGUCAAUAAUAGAUACCAGAGACUGAAGGAUGGAAUGCAGAGUAUUGCAAGGAAGAACGAGGACCCACAAAUUGCAUCAAAGUCAUAAAAGAUGAACCCAAUGAUUCUGGAAUUAGAAGAGCAGCGACAAGGUGAAAGGGAAGCCAAGUACAACAAACUUACUUGGUUGCAGGUGUUAAUGAAUUAAUCGAAUCUUCACAAGGAUAUACUUUUUCGGACAAUUGGAUAAACACCAACUUUCAUUUACGUGUGAUGCAUGGAACCAGAUCAUUAUUCCUCAUGACAUAUAGUGGUUUGGCUUAUGAAUAUCUUAAUAUUGAAAAUGGAUGGCUUUGGCUGAGGCAUGGUCACUCAACACCAUUGAAAGAUGCACUGGGAAACUACAACAGAAGUUUGUUCUUAGUUGACAAGUAUAGUGGUAGUUUGCUCAUCAGAGAAAGGGGUGGCACUGAUCUUGGAUGGUUAAACUGCAUCACAAUGAGGAAAGGAAAGCAAGUGACUGGAGGACCUCCAUGGGAUAGAAUUCCAGGUAAAGCUAUGAAAGUGACAGCAGAAGAUGCACUCUUCUUUGUGAGCAAAAACGGAAGUUUACUACAGUUUACAGUUGCCUUGAGGAAGUUUAAAUGGAAAGACUGUGGAAAUCCCCCAAAUGCCAAUGUAGCAAGCAUAGUAGACCAGAAGCUUUUCAGGGAAAAUAUAGUAUUUUUCAUUGGAAGAAACAGUCAGCUUAUCAAUAUAACAAAGUGAAAAACUGUGGUAUGAGCAUUAUCAGUCUCACCAUUUGAUCUAUCAAGAUUUCCAGUAACUGCUAUGAGGUCAUCAUCUCUAUCACUCACAGGAUCGCUAUUUGUGCUGUCUGAAGAUGGUGGACUUGUUGAACAUCAUUGGAAUACAGGUGAAGGUUGGAGCUGGGUUGAGCACGGCACCCUCGUAAAGGUGUGACCUUGGUCACAUCUCCUAGCCCAUGCUUCCACGGCAAUCACGUUUUUUUGAUUGGCUCUGAUGGCAAAGUAUACAUGAGAUACAUGGACCAGAUAACAUGGAAUUGGAAAAACUGUGGCUUCCAUACAUAAAAAAGAUAAAGGAUGAAGAUCAAAGACAAGUGGGGGCAGAAGAUAAGAAUGAAGAAGUUUGCAUAGAUAAAGAUAUUUCAGCUAGCUUGGAGAAGGAUGCAGAAAAUUUUAGUGAUAUCAAGGGAAACUAUGACCUAAAGGUUAGCACUGCAAGGAGAUAACUAAUAAACACCAGUGGUAUGGAAUUAAUGAUAGGUAUUUGAAAUGCUCACAGGUGGCAUCAACAAGACCAAUUCCAUUUUCGGACGAUUCAGCCAUUUUCGAGCUAAGAGAUGGCAGAGUAAGCAACAACCCUUACCUAUUACUUCUUUU